GUACCAGCAUAUCUCUCUGUUUCUCCACCGCGAAGAAAGCAGAGACCAUUUUCAACCAUGGAGCUCUACUCCGCUCACCACCACUAUCUCCUUCGUCAUCAGGACCCAAUACCCAGAUUACUCCUCCGCACUGUACGGGUAUUCCACAGCACUCUGCCUCCACAUAGAUGUCACCGUCGGAUUCGACGACGGCGGUGUCUCUCAACAACGACGGCGGCCCUGAUGGAACAGACGGGAGGGAAAAUGGUGGUGGAGCUGGUCGGAGCUUUCAACGAGCUCACAGAAAGGAUGGGCAUGCUCUCCAGCAGCGGGUCCCACUUACUCUUCAAAGCUCUCAAGCUGUCGAUUCCCUUACUCCACGCCUUGCCUAUAACCCCGGACGGUCGUUCUUCACUCUCCAAGGCCUUGGCUUUCGCCUUAAUUCUCGCAGACCUUCAGAUGGAUGCGGAGGUGAUUUCAGCUGGGAUGCUCAGACCAGUUCUGGAGGCCGGAGCGAUUUCGAUACUCGAGGUUCGAAACCAGAUUGGUACCGGCACUGCUCAUUUGUUACACGAGAGCUUGCGUGUGAUGAAAAUCCCAACUAAAGUUGAUGUCUUGGAUGAUGAUAGUGCUGCUGCAUUGAGAAAAUUCUGCUUGACAUAUUAUGAUAUGAGGGCUGUGAUUUUGGACUUGGUUCUCAGGCUUGAUAUAAUGAGGCACCUCGAUUAUCUUCCGAGGUAUCAGCAGCAGUUGGUAGCUCUGGAGGUGAUGAAGAUUCAUGCACCUUUAGCUCAUGCUGUUGGGGCUAAUUGGUUGUCAUUGGAGCUUGAGGAUUUGUCAUUUCAGUACUUGUUUCCGAAUUCGUAUUUGUAUGUGGAUACAUGGUUGAGGAGUCAUGAGACUGGAAGUAGGCCUUUGGUGGAUGUGUACAAGGAGCAGCUUUUACAUUCGUUGAAAGAGGAUCCCUUGUUGGCGGGGCUGGUUGUGGAUGUGUCAGUGAAUGGGAGAUAUAAGAGUCGGUAUAGCACCAUGAAGAAGCUGUUGAAGGAUGGUAGGAAGCCGGAACAGGUAAAUGACGUGCUGGGGUUGCGAGUCAUAUUGGAGCCGAGGUCUGGAGAAGAUGAGGCAGAAAUGGGGGAAAGAGCAUGUUAUAGGACUCGUGAAGUUGUUCUGUCAUUGUGGAAAGAGAUGCCUCACAGGACAAAGGAUUACAUUGCUAGGCCUAAGGCGAAUGGGUAUAGGAGUUUGCAUAUGGCAGUUGAUGUGAGUGACGGUGGCAAGAGUAGACCUUUAAUGGAAAUACAAAUAAGGACUCAGGAGAUGGAUAUGUUGGCAGAUGCUGGGACAGCAUCCCACUCUUUGUACAAGAGUGGUCUAACAGACCCUGAAGAGGCAAAGCGGCUCAAGGCCAUAAUGAUGGCUGCGGCUGAACUUGCAGCAUUUCGCCUUAAAGAUCUUCCAUCGGCCCAUCAUGAAGGCAUAGAGACUGAGCAAAGUAAGAGUGAUAGAGUGUUCCGCCUUCUUGACAAGAAUGGUGAUGGAAGAAUCAAUAUUGAGGAACUUAAGGAAGUGAUGGAAGAGCUCGGUGCUCCAGGGGAAGAUGCAUGCGAGAUGAUGCAACUCCUUGAUGCUAAUAGCGAUGGUUCUCUUAGCUCAGAUGAAUUUGAUUUGUUUCAGAAACAGGUCGAGUUUAUGCGUAAUUUUGAGGACAGAGAUGAGCAGUACAAAACUGAAUUGAAUGAGAAACUUCAGAUUGCAGAAAACAACAGCUUGAUCCAGGUAUAUUCUGAAGAUCUUAGCGGCAGCAUUGCAAACUAGAUUUACUUGCAUCUUAUAGUUAUCACAUUCACUAUGUAUAUAAGUUAUUACAACUGUAAAUAUCAAAAAUCUCAUCUACUAUAUCAUUGUUGAGAGCCUGAGAGGUCUAAUGUCUGAUUUCUAAAUUGUACUCAAGAUGUCAUGUAUCUGUAAAAAUCUGUAGUUAGCCAUUUAACAUGGCAUCUCAUUUAUGAUUAUAAUAAAGAAUGUAUUACCUUUA